AUGUUUGCGCUUGAUCUCAGAGAGAUAAUUUCAGACGAUUUAAGGAAUCCCUUGGUCGUUCCCCACUUGGAUUUCCUGCCGGAAGACACACAUGGAAGGGACAUAUUCAAGACUUCACAGUCGGCAAAGUGGCUCAAGCAUCUUGAACCAGAUCUCCGCGUACAAAUGGUGGCCUACAACGAGAAACACUACUAUACUUAUGAGCCGGUCCAACUAAAGAAUGACGAAAUUGUUAUCCCCAUCUUCUUCCACACAUUUCAAUCCAAUACUUUCGCCAAAUGCUACAAGCCUCAACUCAAAUCAAACAGGAUCAAAUCAAUGGUUAAGAUAACUAUUGCCAGUAACAUCUUAUAUGAUGAUCCUAAUUUACAAGAAAUACCUUUGGAAGAUUUUGAUCUUCUCUAUCCUGAAAUCCUUUCAAGUGACGGUCUGAAGCUAUUGGAAACCUGUGGGAACUUGAUUUAUCAACAAGAUAGUGAAGCCACGAUUACUCUACCAAAUCCUUGGAGAGAAAAAGCCAAUGGAAAGAUAAUUCGACAUGUACCACUGAACAUGUAUUGCGAUGAUACUUCUGGAAAUAAAUCCAAAAAGUGGAACAAGCACAUCUCGUAUUACUUUACACUCUCCGGAUUACCUCCGAAGAUCUCAAAUCAACAAUUCAACUGCCAUUUCCUGUGCACCUCAAACAUUGCUGGAGCGUUGGACCUUGGGGAGAUUGUAGUUCAGCAGUUAAAUGAGAUGGUGAACAACGGCUUUGAAGCAUACGAUAUGACACUGUCUCAAACUGUUCUGGUCAUGGCUCCGCUCUUAUGCUUUAUGGCUGACUCGCCGAUGCACGCAGAAAUAACCAACACUCCUGUCCCAGGACCUUCCCUGAAUCCAUGUCGACAACCCAAUAAUUUUAGAACCACAGAGAAAACGAUUCGAGAUAGUGAAGCGCUUUGGAAAUACGUCAAAGAAAACGCCCAGACCAUGAAUAAGGAAAAGUUGGAUGAAAAAUCGGUUGAGCUUGGAAUCCGAGAUCAGACAAAUCGCAAGUUUUUGAAAAGAAUCAUUGCAUUCAGAGCAACAAAGAAAGCAUUACUCCAAGAUGGAAAAGAAUUGCCACCAGAAAUGGAUCAACCUAUCCCUCAAGACUUGGUUGAUUUGGAGCUGAAAGAUAAAUCACGAAUGCUCAGUCCUUUUCUGAAAUUAAGAGGCUUGUGUUUUUACUUCAAGGUUUAUUUGAACGUUUGA